CGGGACCGUCACUGAGGUCGCCAGCAAUGUUACCUUCAUCCCUCCUCGCUCGCUGCUCAUCAUCAGCGCCCCGCAUUCCAUCGGCUCUCCCUGCUCUCUCUCGUAGAUAUGUCACUAAAUCGACCCCGCGACCUCUCCUCGGCCGGUACGACCACGUACCCAUAGAGCUCGCCCGCGUACAGUCCGGGAACAACGUCACCCUCCGCGACUACCAGCAGCAAAAGGCGUUGAAGCGUUUCAGCUAUGACUUGAAAUUAAACUCGGAUGGUGUUGUGUCGGCUGCUAGCAGAGAUAAUUACAUUGGUCCGAAUGGGUGCACUCUGAGACCGCCGUUGUCGCCAACAUUCCAAGAAAAUGCGCGCAGUGCCAGGGGUUACAAUAUCCUGGUAUACGUACUUAAAGAAGGGACACCCUUACCUAAAACGCUCACAAUUCUCCAUGAGCAUUCGGACGUUUAUUCUAUUCAAUGCGUGGAGCCCAUGGCACUCGGCGACCUCAAUGCGGAGCUCACUAAGUUCAUCAACGAACAUGGUCGGAUGCUGAACAAGGAGCAGUUCGACGCGGAGUUCCCUUUCACGAUCUAGGCAUUUACUGUGCGUUAUGACUACUCUAGCCCUCAUUCCCUGGCACGCCGGGAUAAAAUCAUGACAUCAUAAUACUGAACCAUGCAACUGACGACGAACUGGGAGCGAUUGUGUACUCAGCC